AGAAAUGGGAAAGUUCCAAAGGGUCUGUGUCUUCUGUGGAAGUAAUUCGGGGAAAAGAAAAAUAUUCAGCGAUGCAGCUCUUGAUCUGGGAAGAGAAUUGGUGGAGAGGAAGAUGGAUUUGGUGUAUGGAGGAGGCAGUGUUGGGCUGAUGGGGUUGGUUUCUCAGACAACUUUUGAUGGUGGAUGCCAUGUGCUUGGAGUUAUCCCAAGUGCACUUAUUCCUAUUGAGAUAUCUGGCCAUGCAGUUGGAGAAGUGUUGAUUGUCUCAGAUAUGCACGAAAGGAAGGCUGAAAUGGCUCGUCGAGCUGAUGCUUUUAUUGCUCUUCCGGGUGGGUAUGGAACCAUGGAAGAGUUGCUUGAGAUGAUAACAUGGUCUCAGCUUGGAAUCCACGACAAACCAGUGGGUCUCUUAAACAUUGAUGGAUACUACGAUUGCUUGCUUGGAUUGUUUGACAAAGGUGUGGAAGAAGGAUUUAUUAAACCGCAUGCUAGGAGUAUUAUCAUAUCUGCAAGUACUGCUCGAGAGCUGAUUCAGAGGAUGGAGGAAUAUAUACCUAUGCAUGAUCAAGUAGCACCAACACAAAGUUGGUGCAUAGAAGAAAACUAAAAUGCAAAUUCUUAGUCGUUCCCUUCUUCUUUGCCCUCAAAGAGGAG